AACCAAGGACCAGAACACCAGACGGAUCCUUGUUGUUCGUUUAACUUUGACGAACUCCAUCAACGGUGUAAUUCAAUCUACUACUUAGCCCCUGGAUCUUCUACGAACUGACCCCACCAACUCUUCAUCAACCUCGGUCGUUUGCCCCCUUCGGGCUCUCACCAAACCCCAUUCCAAGCCCAAUUUUUUGUAUUUCUGCUGUCACCAAUCCGACUUCGGUUUCAAAUUUUUGCAGUUGCCAUUGCCAAAGAGUACUUAACUCUGUCGAACAAAUUUUAUUGAGAGAAAUACCAUAACGAGCAAAUGGCGGCAGCAGCUUCAUAUUCAAUUCAAGCGUCGUCAAGCGUUGGCGCAGCUCAUAUUCAAUUUAAACCUCAAUCAGAUCCACCGAAUUCAGUGUCGAUCCGAUUCUCUUCUCAAUUGCAGCCCGUCUCUAUCGCAUCAUCACAUACAACAAGAGGACUUAUGUUUCAAAAAGUUGGUUGUGUAGUGAGAGCAAUGGUCAAUUCUGAUGUCGACAUCUCACUGAGCCCUAGAGUGAAUUCGGUGAAGCCUUCAAAGACAGUGGCAAUUACCGACCAGGCAGCUGCGCUUGCGCAGGCCGGUGUGCCUGUUAUCCGUUUGGCAGCUGGAGAGCCUGAUUUCGAUACUCCUGCAGCAAUUGCUGAGGCCGGAAUUAAUGCUAUUCGCGAAGGGUACACAAGGUAUACACCGAAUGCUGGAACAUUUGAACUCCGAGCAGCUAUUUGUCAUAAGCUAAAAGAGGAGAAUGGAUUAGUGUACUCCCCGGACCAGAUUUUGGUGAGUAAUGGAGCAAAGCAGAGUAUUCUUCAGGCAGUUCUUGCUGUUUGUUCUCCUGGAGAUGAGGUGAUCAUUCCUGCCCCGUAUUGGGUGAGCUACCCAGAAAUGGCAAGGCUGGCAGAUGCAAACCCCGUCAUUCUUCCCACAAACAUAUCUGAAAAUUUUCUGUUAGAUCCAAAGCUUUUGGAAUCUAAGCUAACUGAAAAGUCAAGGCUGUUGAUUCUUUGCUCUCCUUCCAACCCAACUGGAUCGGUUUACCCGCGUCAAUUGCUUGAACAGAUUGCUGAGAUAGUUGCCAAGCAUCCCAGGCUUUUGGUGCUAUCUGAUGAAAUUUAUGAGCACAUCAUUUAUGCCCCGGCAACUCAUAUAAGUUUUGCUUCAUUGCCAGGCAUGUGGGAUAGGACUCUGACUGUAAAUGGCUUUUCAAAGGCCUUUGCAAUGACUGGUUGGAGGCUCGGAUAUCUUGCUGGUCCAAAACAUUUUGUGGCUGCUUGUGGGAAGAUCCAAAGCCAGUCGACUUCUGGUGCAAGCAGUAUAUCACAAAAAGCUGCCGUGGCUGCCUUGGGAUUGGGCUAUGCAGGUGGAGAAGCAGUUGCCACUAUGGUUAAAGCCUUUCGCGAGAGGAGAGAUUACCUUGUCAAGAGCUUCGGGGAAAUCAAGGGAGUCAAAAUUUCCGAGCCCUGGGGAGCCUUCUAUCUGUUCAUGGAUUUCAGUUCUUUCUAUGGCUCAAAAUUCGAUGGCUUUGGUGUGAUCGACGGCUCAGAAUCCCUGUGUAGAUAUUUGCUCGACAAAGCUCAAGUUGCUUUGGUGCCAGGAGAUGCUUUCGGAGACAACACCUGCAUUCGCAUAUCGUACGCAGAAUCCCUCGGAAUCUUGCAGGAAGCUGCAAGUAGAAUCAAGGCAGCCCUUAGCUCCCUGAAGCCUGCCAUUCAUGGUUAAUGGUCAGGGAAGCUCACCUCACCUCACAUUUGUUGUAACAGUAAGUUCUAUUUUACUAAUUUUUUGAUAAAUUGAAUGAUUUGGUCAGUAUCCGGACAAGAAAAUGUGUUUCCUCCAUUGAAAUAGCUUCAAGUAUUGUAUUUUAUGGUAAAAUUUUCUGUAUGUUUGCAUAGGGUGAAAUGUGAAUGAAUGAUGAUGCUGUGUAGGUGAUGUUGAAUGUUUGCUUUUAUGUCAAUUUUGGGGA